AUGAAGCGACCUUGCGAGGAAACUACCUCAGACAGCGACAUGGACGAGACCAUAGACGUGGGGAGCGAGAACAACUACUCCGGGCAAAGCAAUAGUUCUGUGAUCCGAUCGAAUUCCCCAACGACAACAUCUCAGAUUAUGGCCCGAAAGAAAAGAAGAGGGAUUAUAGAGAAAAGGCGCCGUGAUCGUAUAAAUAACAGUUUAUCUGAGCUGAGGCGGCUUGUGCCAACUGCUUUUGAAAAACAAGGAUCUGCCAAAUUAGAAAAAGCGGAAAUACUGCAAAUGACAGUGGAUCAUCUGAAGAUGCUUCAGGCGACCGGAGGUAAAGGUUAUUUCGAUGCUCACUCCCUGGCCAUGGAUUUCAUGAGCAUCGGCUUCCGGGAGUGCUUGACCGAAGUCGCCAGGUACCUGACGUCCGUGGAAGGCCUCGACACCUCCGACCCGCUGCGCGUCAGACUGGUGUCCCACCUCAGCACCUGCGCCUCGCAGAGGGAAGCCGCCGCCAUGACCUCCUCCAUGGCCCACCACCACCACCCCCUGCACCCCCACCACUGGGCAGCCGCCUUCCACCACCUCCCGGCCGCCCUGCUGCAGCCCAACGGACUCCACGCCCCCGAGGCCGCCCCAUGCAGACUCUCCUCGGACGUGCCUCCCCAUGGCUCCGCGCUGCUCACCGCCACCUUCGCCCAUGCCGAUGCCGCCCUCAGGGUCCCCUCCGCGGGCAGCGUGGCUCCCUGCGUCCCCCCGCUCUCUACCUCUCUCCUCUCCCUCUCAGCCACUGUUCACGCCGCCGCCGCCGCCGCCACCGCCGCCGCCCAGAGCUUCCCCCUCUCCUUCACCGGCGCCUUUCCCAUGCUCCCCCCAAGCGCAGCCGCCGCCGCCGUGGCAGCAGCUACGGCCAUCACCCCGCCGUUGGCCGUAUCGGCCUCCGCCAGCCCCCAGCAGGCCGGCAGCGCGGGGAGCAGCAAGCCCUACCGGCCCUGGGGGACGGAGGUCGGAGCCUUUUAA